CCGCAUCCUGCAGGGGCCUCAGCUGGAGUACUACGUCCAGCAAUUCCAGAAAUCCGGAUUCCGGGGUCCUUUGAACUGGUACCGUAACCUGCGACCCAACUGGCUCUGGGGCCUCUCUGCCAGGGACAGGAAGAUCCUGAUGCCAGCGCUGAUGGUCACAGCUGGGAAGGAUGUGGUGCUGCAUCCCAACCUGAGCAAAGGCAUGGAAGAAUGGGUUCAUGGCCAAGGAGGAGUCAAGUUCCAGAACUGGGCCAAGACCUAUGGAUCCUCUCCAGAGCUCUACUUCCAGCCCAGCUCAGUGGAGGAGAUCCGGGAGAUCCUGGACAUGGCCAAGCAGAGGGGAAAGAGGGUGAAGGUGGUGGGAGGAGGUCAUUCUCCCUCAGACAUUGCCUGCACGGAUGACUUCAUGAUCCACAUGGGGAAGAUGAACAGGAUCCUCAAGGUGGACAAGGAGAAGCUGCAGGUGACAGUGGAAGGUGGGAUUUUCCUCUCAGAUCUCAACGUGGAGCUGGACAAACAUGGCCUAGCCUUGGCCAACCUAGGAGCUGUGUCCGAGGUGACAGCAGCUGGAGUCAUAGGGACAGGGACACACAACACUGGGAUCAGCCACGGGAUCAUCCCCACCCAGGUCGUAGCCCUCUCCUUGCUGGUGGCCUCAGGGGAGAUCCUGGAAUGCUCCGAGUCCAUCCAUGAGGAGAUCUUCCAGGCUUCCCGACUGCACCUGGGCUGCCUGGGAGUGGUGCUCACUGUCACCUUCCAGUGUGUGCCACAGUUCCACCUGCACGAGGUGACCUUCCCCUCCACCCUCACCGAGGUCCUGGAUCACCUGGAGGAUCACCUGAGGAGAUCCCAAUACUUCAGAUUCCUGUGGUUCCCUCACAGUGAGAACAUCAGGAUCAUCUACCAGGAUCCUACCAACAAGCCCACCUCCUCCUCCUCCAGCUGGCUCUGGGACUAUGCUGUUGGAUAUUACCUCUUGGAAUUCCUGCUCUGGAUCAGCACCUUCAUCCCGAGCUUGGUGUGUUGGAUCAAUCGCUUCUUCUUCUGGCUCCUCUUCAGCUCCCGCACGGACUCUGUGUCCCUCAGCCACCACAUCUUCACCUACGAGUGUCGCUUCAAGCAGCACGUCCAGGACUGGGCCAUCCCCAUUGGGAAGACCAAGGAGGCUCUGCUGGAGCUGAAGGCAGCUCUGGAGAACAACCCCAAGCUGGUGGCUCACUACCCCGUGGAGGUUCGCUUCGCCCGAGGGGACAACAUCUGGCUGAGCCCCUGCUUCCAGCAGGACAGCUGCUACCUCAACAUCAUCAUGUACAGGCCCUAUGGGAAGGACGUUCCCCACCUCAACUACUGGUUGACCUAUGAAGGAAUCAUGAAGAAACACGGUGGGAGACCACACUGGGCCAAGGCUCACAGCUGCACCAGAAAGGACUUUGAGAAGAUGUAUCCAGCCUUCCUCAAGUUCUGCUCCCUGAGGGAGAAGUUGGAUCCCACCGGGAUCUUCCUGAACUCCUACCUGGAAAAGGUGUUUUACUGA